AUGCCGGUGCACGCGAGCGGCACAGCGAGCAGGCGGGGCCACGGGCAGGGCGGGGCGGGGAGCGGCGGGCCGGGGUGCAGGCGGUGCGGGACGGGGCGGCCCGCGGGACUGGGCGCGGCGGGGCGUGCGGCUAGCAGGCGGUGCGGCGCGGGGCGCGGGGCGCGCGGGACGGGGCGGCGCGCGGCGCGCAGAGCCUGGAGCGGAGGACGCGGGCUCGCGCGGGGUCUGCAGGACGCCUGGCGGGCGCGGUGGUGGGCGGCGGGGUGCAGCGGGGCAGCGAUGGCGUGCGGGCGCGAGGGCGGGCAGGCGCGGGCGAGCCUGGCAGCGGCGCCGGCACCGGCGGAGCGAGAGCGCGGGCGUGGCGUGGGCGGGUGA